CUAAAAAGAGAAUAUGCAACAGCCAGUCACCAUGCCGCCUGCAGCCCAACCACUUUACCAGAGUGGCCCCAUAUAUACCUACACAACCGCCACCGCAUCGCUAAGAUUAUGAACCCCUCGCUCGCAAACUUCAUCCUCGGAAAGACACCAAAGAGUAUCCUGAACCCGACGCCUACCAUGAAUACCGCACUCCCACUCAACACUGGCGCGACGAUCCCUGCUCUAGGCCUCGGCACGUGGCAGAGUGCUAAGGGCGAAGUGAAGAAAGCCGUUGUUCAUGCAAUUGAAGGUGGGUACAGGCACAUUGACUGUGCUUUUUGCUACCAGAAUGAGGACGAGGUCGGCGAGGCGCUCGAGGAUGUGAUUUCACGUGGUAUUGUCAAGAGGGAGGAUCUGUUCAUCACGAGCAAGUUGUGGUGUACGUACCACACCAAGGCCGAGGGGGGUCUGCAGAACAGCUUGGAUCUGCUUAAGACGCCGUAUGUGGAUUUGUAUCUCAUGCAUUGGCCCGUUCCCAUGAACCCCAAUGGAAACCACGAGCUCUUCCCCAAGCUCCCAGAUGGCUCCCGCGAUCUCGACCACUCCACCUCGCACAUUCAGACCUGGAAAUCCCUCGAAUCCCUCAUCCAGUCCCACCCCGACAAAGUGAAGGCCAUCGGCGUCGCAAACUACUCGGUCAAAUACCUUGAGAAGCUCCUCCCGCAAGCUUCCAUUGUCCCCGCCGCUAACCAGAUCGAAAACCACCCGCUGCUCCCGCAGCAGGAGAUUGUGGACUACUGCAAAGAGAAGGGGAUCCACGUCACUGCGUACAGUCCUUUGGGAAGCACGGGGUCUCCGCUGCUGAAGGAUGAGGCGGUGAUUGAGGUUGCGAAGAAACAUUCUGUGGGGCCGGGUGUGGUGCUGUUGAGUUAUCAUUUGGCACGCAACUCCUCCGUCCUCGCAAAAUCAGUCACUCCAUCUCGGAUCGACGAAAACCGGAAACUCAUCUCACUGGAUGGCGAGGAUUUGGAGAAGUUGGCCGAGCUGCCUAAGAAGCAUGGGUUCACUCGUUUCGUGUAUCCUGCGUUUGGAGUCGAUGUUGGGUUCCCUGAUAAGCCCGAAGGUGUGGAUAUGAGUGGAUGA